AUGACGAAUGGCCGAGUCCUCUUCUUCAAUGUGACGUGUCGCACAGGAAGCGCUCAGGUCCUGAACGAUCACGGGAGCUGCAGAGAUUUGCACCCUACGAGCACUUCCUGUAGCUUUCUCCUGCCUGCUGGACGAUGCUCCUGCGCUCUGACGGCCUCCACCUCUGCAGGGACUUCGCCAGAAGCCCUUAUAUGGUUCAGUGGAGCUUCAGAGACGGAGCCCCCACCCCCGAGCCAAGUCACUGCAAGUCCACUGGGUGACAGUGACUUGGAUGUUCGCUGGACGGCUCCGAUCGAUUGGUCGACGAGCGGCUCAGUAGUGCAGUGGUUUGCUGUCAGAGAGCAGAACAGCAGCAUCGUGCACUGGGAAAGGCUGAAUAGUUCCUGCACAUCGCUGGUCAUCAGCGACGGAGUAAAGCCGAUGGAGCGUUAUGCUGUUUCUGUCAAAGCGCUGUACGGUGAACGAGGGGUGGGGCAGAACAGGACUGUUCACGUUUAUACACGCCAAGGAGCGCCCUCAGCUGGUCCUGCGGUGGCGGUGGGGCAGAUCUCCGGCAGCAGAGUGGAGCUCGUGUGGCGUGCUGUACCUGUGGAGCUGCUUCAUGGUUUCAUCCGCAACUACUCAAUCAUCUACACAACAGAAGACCAACUAGCCACGAGAGUGGUUGUGCCUGGUCACGUUCUCCGUCACUCUCUGAGGAAUCUGUCACCUGGUAACUACGACAUCUUCAUGCGGGCCAACACUGACGCUGGAGCCGGAGCAGCUGGGCCCAAAGCUAAUGUGCACAUAGGCUCUGAGGAAAUCUCGAUCGGGAUGUAUGCCAUCCUGCCUCUCAUCCUGACUUCACUGGCGCUGGGGCUGACGGCCUGCCUGGCACAGAAUAAGCUGGUGAAGCAGAAGCUGUGUCAACACGUCCCUGAUCCUUCCAACAGCAGCUUGGCCCACUGGAGCCCAAAAAACACUUUGGAGAGUAUGAAGCGGCCUGCAGUGUCAGAGAAGAACAAAAUCAAAUACUCAGAAGUUGUUUUGCUUGGUGAAAGUGAGCUGCAGAACUCCGACCCAGACCAGGAUCUCGUCUAUCAAAGUAACCUCCAAACAUAUUCUCUUCACUGCUACUCUCCGCUCCCGGUUUCAGGGGCUCAGACACCUCAAGAUACCAGAAGAUCUGAGAAGAAGUGUGUCAAAAGCCCAACUAGAGCCAAGACGACCUCCAACACUGAUCUCUCCUUCAUCUACUCCAAUGUCCUCUUCUCUCAGACCCUCAAAGGUCUCCCUACUCCCCUCAUAUCCCCCUCAUACGUCCAAACCAAUGACUUGCAGCACAACACUUGCAGCGUUCAUGACGUUAAGCUCCAGCUAGGUGGAGACAGUGAGCCAUCUGUGUCUCUGCAGGGCUGGAGCGCCACCCGAUCAGAUUCAUCUCUUUCCCAAACAGAGAAACUGAAAAGCUUCCAUCUUUUCCUGAAACAGCAUCAAACCUCCGUCUCCUUCCAUUCGUCCCCCUACCUGCUUUAUCACCCAGCUGAGGUCACGUCGCCCCAGGCCGACACCUUCCCUCGCCCUGAUGACACUGUUAAUACGACGCGUUCACCUUUUCCUCCCUGUAUGUUUGUGGAUUUCUCCUACUGUCCUGCAGUGUCAUCCGUUUCCCCUGUUGUUUAGUUUCAUGUCGGGGA